UCAUUAUUUAUGUAGGUAAUUGAAGAGCGUGUUUCACAGCAUUUUUGUGACAACCACUGACAUAAUACCUACACGACAAAGUGCUAUCGAUUGAGUAGUAGGCGCUGCAGAGCAGUCGUUUAUCAAGAUUGAAGAUAUCAAAUCGAUCCACUAAAAAUCAGUGUUGUAUAAAUAGAAGCACAGCGAUUAUUUGAAGCAUUUAUCGUUAGUCUCGUGUAUUACCAACAGUUACAAUGGCUGUCCGCUGGGGUAUCGUGAGCGCUGGUAAGAUCAGCAGUGACUUUGUGAACGCGAUUAACUCUUACCCUGGAAAUGAACAGGUAGUAGCAGCGGUGGCAGCCCGGGAUCGCAGCAGGGCCGAAGAGUUCGCUAAGCUGCACAACAUCUCGAAUGUGUUCGACUCUUACAAGGCGAUGGCGGAGAGCAGUGGCGUCAUAGAUGUCGCAUACAUUGGCGCGUUGAACCCUGAGCAUUACGCUCUCAGCAAACUGUUUCUCGAGAACGGAAAACACGUUCUUUGCGAAAAGCCUCUAUGCCUCAAUUCCAAGCAAGCGCAGGCCUUGGUGGACAUCGCUAAAAGGAAGAAAGUGUUCUUCAUGGAAGCUAUUUGGUCGAGGUUUUCUCCAGCAUAUAUAUCGCUGAAGAAAGAGAUUGAUUCAGGAAAACUGGGAGAGGUCAAAUUAGCGGAGGUUAACUUAGGAGCUCCUAUUGCCACCGUUGACAGAUUAAGCAAAAAGUCUCUAGGAGGCGGUGCCGUGCUCGAUUUGGGUGUUUACGCUAUUCAAAUAGCUCAGUUUAUAUUUAAUGAUGAGCCAACGAAAGUGAUAGCCACUGGAGCCCUCAAUGAAGAAGGAGUGGAUGUCGUAGAGCACAUAAUUUUGGAGUACAGCGGCGUCAGGCGGGCGGUCUUAAAUCUAGACGCAACCAUGAAGCUGUGGAAUAAGGCCACUGUCACCGGCACCAAAGGACGGGCUACGCUCGAAGAACCGUUCCAUUUCCCCAAUAGCCUAAUCCAUGUGGACGGCAAGGUGGAGAACUUUACACUGCACACAUCCAAAAUCCCUUACAAUUUCGAGAACAGCGCAGGGUUGGUUUACGAGUCUCUUGAGGUCGCGAGGUGUAUCAAAGAAGGACUCGUAGAAUCACCACAUGUGAGCCACAGAGACAGUCUUAUCAUCGCCCAAAUUCAAGAUUCCGUCCGAAAACAACUUGGCGUCCAAUUUGAUGUUGAUAACCAGGAGUUUUCUUAGAUGGCUUUAGUAUCAUGUAUAUUUAAUUGUUAAUAUUUUAAAUAAAUAAGAAUGUUGAUAUUUUA